AUGUUGACAUCGAACCCUCGGCAGAUCAUUAAGCGCGCCAAACAUCCACUUGGUAAUCUGCCUCUCGAAAUUCUCAACCACCUUACGGUCUACAUCCAUACCAUCAUUGCUGCUAGUCAAUUCAGGGCGAAUAUCUACCAGACACAGGCCUUGAACGCAGUCAUGACCUUGAACGAUAUCCAAGCCAACACUGACCGCAUUCUCAACACUCCGCUUCCUCUCGCCUAUGCCAUUGCUAUUUCGCAAUUGACGUGGGUGUACAUCCUUAUCCUUCCAUUUCAACUAUACACGACUCUUGGAAUGCUCUCUAUCCCCGGAACCCUUUUCGCCGCAUACAUGAUCCUUGGCUUCGCCUCCAUCGGUCGUGAAAUCGAGAACCCCUUCGGCCACGACGUCAACGAUCUCCCACUCGAUGAUUUCUGUAACCAACUCGCCGUUGACAUCGACAUCAUCGCUGCGACAGCACCGAAGGACGCUGAGACUUUUGUGAAGAGCAACCAGAAUCAGUUAAUGCACCCACUAAGCCGAAGUGGGUAUGGUCAGUGGGAAGAAAGCAGUAUUGAGGAGAUCAGGGAUGCGUUAAAGAGGAAGAGUUUGCGGACGCAGAAGAAUGUGCAACCGGGGCUUAGAAGGAGGAAUGAUUGGGGAAAGGAGGAUGUAUGA